UGUAAGCCUACUAUAUACAUAGUGGAAGAUUUCUAGACUACGGUCUCGUGGUUUUUCCCAAUUUGGGUUUUCCACGUAAAAAUUCUUGUCUCAUAUUUUCUUAUAUUUUGCACCAAAUAUUUUUCUUGGUUUGGAUCCCAUUUUGUAAUCCAGCAAGAGGGAAAAGAAUUAUCCUGGUUCCGCUGUGCAAGUGUCAUUUAUUUGGACACUCGUGAAUAUUUAUUCCCCACUUUUCCCAACAGUUUGAAAUCCAAGUUGAAAACCUCCCGCCUCGGAGUCGGAGGCGCCAUGAAAUGGCGCAAAAUUCUUCGUCUGUAUAAAUUCCGUGCCUACAAAUUUCUUCCGUUUCAGGUUCAUUACCACCAUUUUUCUUCAUCCGCUCACCCACCGCCGGCGCCGCCAAUUUCUCCGACAACACCCCAUAUUCUUGUUUCUUUUGCCAAAUCUUCUCAGUGGCAAUUAAUCAAACACCUUUCCCCAAACUUGACCCCUGCUCUAAUAGCUUCCACCCUCAUCCAUCUCCGUGGUUUCCCUGUCCUCGCCGUUGAUUUCGUUGGAAAUAUCGACCGUGAUUCUCUCACUAAUGAGUGCUACUGCCUUGCCGUUGCUAUUGCGGCACGCUGCCCUUCCCCGAAUCAUGCAUUGCAGCUCUUGAAGGAGUUGAUCUCUUCUCGUCCCUUGAUGUGUCGAGAGAUUUUUUAUGGCUUAGUGGGUGCCCGCGAGAGGCUGAGCAUUUCGAGCACGAUUGUAUUGAAUUUGUUGAUAAGGGCGCAUUGUGAGUUGAAUAGGGGAAAUGGGGUUAUGGAGUGUUUUGGCUUGAUGAAAAGGAUGAGGGUUUUGCCGAGCGUCGAGACGUGGAAUUGUAUGUUUAGUCUGUUCCUUAGGCUGAAUGAGAUGGGUACUGUGUGGGGUUUGUAUGGAGAGAUAAUCAGGUUGGGGAUCCGUUCGAGUAUAUUUACAUUAAAUAUGCUGAUCAAUCAAUUGAGUAAGGAAGGGAAUUUGAAGAAGGCUGAGGAGUUGGUUGGGUACAUGGAGGGUUUAGGGAUUAAACCGAAUAUAGUGACUUACAAUACACUAAUUUAUGGGCAUUCGCUGAAGGGAGAUUUUGAUGGUGCUGAUAGGGUUCUCUUGAGAAUGAAAGCAAAAGGUAUCGAGCCGGACUCCUAUACUUGUGGUUCCUUAAUAAGCUGGAUGUGCAAGUAUGGGAAGAUUGUGGAAGCGGCUGCCUUUCUCAGGAAAAUGGAGGAAAGUAGGUUUCUUCCAAGUGCUGUGGUUUAUAAUAACCUGAUCAAUGGAUGCUGUAGUUGUGGGGACGUGGAAAAAGCUCUUAGUUACAGAUACCAUAUGGAAAAGAGAGGAAUAUUUCCAACUGUGUCAACAUAUAACAUGUUGAUCCAGAUGUUGGUGUUGAAGGGUCGGGUUACAGAGGCCGAUGGUUUGAUAGAAGAAAUGCAAGCCAAGAAUAUCUAUCCCAAUCAAAUCACAUAUAGUAUAUUGAUCAGUAGUUGUUGCAAGGUUGGGGAGGUGGAGAAAGCUUUCAGACUGCAUGAUGAAAUGGUAAUUAAAGGGAUUGAGCCUACUCUGGUGACUUACACUUCACUCAUCCGUUUGUUGGUUGAUUGGAAAAGGAUGGAGGAGGCAGAUGAUUUACUUGCAAAGGCAUUAGCAAAAGGUGUAUUGCCUGAUCUUGUCAUAUUCAAUACAUUAAUAGGCGGCCAUUGUGAAAAUGCAAACAAUGAACGUGCUCUUUCACUUAUAAUGGAGAUGGAGAGAAUGGAGAUUACCCCAGAUAAAGUGACUUACGAUACUAUGAUGCAGAGUUACUGCAGGGUUGGUAAGGUUGAAGAAGCUUAUAGCCUUCUUGAUGUGAUGAGUAAAAGAGGUAUUAAACCAGAUCAUAUCAGUUACAACACUCUAAUUUGUGGAUAUAGCAAAAGGGGUGAUAUGAAAGAUGUUAUGAGAAUUCGGGAUGAGAUGCUAAGUUUAGGUUUGGACCCCAACCGGCUCACUUUCAAUGCUAUUCUAGAAGGCCUUUGCAAACACGGAGAAGGAGCAGGAAUUCAUGCUGAGGUAUUCCUUAAAGAAAUGGUUUAUAAAGGCAUUGCUCCUGAUGACAGUACUUAUAUCUCUUUAAUCAAAGGGUGCACAAGGGUUUCUGAAGAAAAUGUUCCUGAUCAAAGAUAUUGCAAGGACAAACUUUUUGUCAAGAAAAUGCCACCCAGCUGAGGUUUUACCAAGGAUGUGAUCUUUCACUAUUAUAUUCCUGAUUUGAGAAUCUUUUCAGCUUAGAGGUUGAAUUUGAACUCCUUGCUCCAGCAUCACGGUCCACGGAGAUAUCUCCAGAAGAUUCACUGGAAAAUGGUUAGUAGGCUGCAAUGCUGCAUUUUGUGAUGAUAUUCAACAUAAGGGCAAACAGAUUUCCGGUCUUAGUGGCUGAGUACUUCAAACUAUGAAUUCGCGUGAUACUAUUUGGGAAAGUAUUUAAGCUGCAAUCGAAGUGCUGUGAUGACUAUCCUUGUAUCGAAAUUUACGAAACACCAAUGGGAACUUUUCUCGGUCAUCUAGUGCCUGGGCUGGCCCUUGCUUCUCUUGGUCUAUGGCACAUUACAAACAUCCUGCGCAGUUACUUUCUGAAAGGCUCUUGCAAGUUUAUGUUAAGGUUUUGGUACCCACUGAGGUGUUCACUUCGGAUGCUAGAGCACCUCGAGCUCAUACUUAUCCUGUUUUUUUCUUUAUUUGCGAUUCUGAUCCAGAUAGUAGACAUUCAACACCCUCACUUCUUCUUCGAGCUUGACAAUGUUGAACAUGCUACCAUGUUCUUCCAGCUAGUUAUAUUUGCAAGUUUCACUCUUUAUACUGAGUUGAGUCAUUUAUCUGAAACUAUGUUAGGGGUUUCCUGUGUCCUUGUUGCCUCGAUUUUUGGGCAGGAGCUAUUCUUACUUCAUUACCAUUCCACUGAUCACGUUGGGCUUGAAGGCCAUUACCAUUGGCUGAUGCAGCUUAUAGUUUGUGUUUCGUUUCUGGGAGCUUUGUAUGCAACUGCUUCCCCGUCCAGCUUUCCUGCAGCGCUAAUUCUUUCAACAUCGGUUGUCUUCCAAGGAUGUUGGUUCAUAAACAUGGGGUUCAUGCUAUGGCUUCCUGAUUUUGUAGCACAAGGGUGUACAACGCAGGCAAUGAGUCCGAGCAGCAGCAUGAUGCACGGAGCAGUUGUAUGUGAGACAAAGGAGGCUGAAUCGAGGGCGAGGGCGUUGGCCAACUUGCAGUUCUGCUGGAUUCUCUCUUCAAUUUUGGUAUUUAUGACAUGUUGCUGCAUAGCUUUUGGCAGAAAGGUAACACAAAGGAGGCAGUCACUUGAUUAUGAGGAGCUUUCGAGUCCAGGUGCACAUGACCCUCUUGCAACUAUUGGAUUAAAACAAAUCCAGCUCUGAGUUUUAUGGUUAGCUAAACUAGUCACCAAUCCAUAAGGAUGGUGGUAUUGUUAUUUCUAUUUCUAGCUACGGUGGCGAUUUGGUCCUGUGCUGUAAUGAGUAGGUCAAAUUAGCGACGCCUGUAUUCGAGUUGCAUCACCUGAAUUUAGCUAAGAUAUGAAUGAGAAUGGGGUAUAUAUACAUAUAA